ACCACAGUACUUGCGUUAUUGUUUCAGGGAUCACUCGAACUAAAUCAUUAAUGAAUGCUAGCUGGAAAUCCAUACAGGGAGUACGGCAAAUGUGACGUCUGUAAGCGGCCGUAUGACUUUCGAUGGAGCAGGCAACUGUGGUUUGAGAUGUACAAGAGAUCGUCAUGGCUGUACCGCCACCGUUUCUGUCUCCUCUCCAACAUCAUCAGCUGCCUGUUGAUGUACAUCCUCUUCAGAAUGAUUCCACCCAAAGACAACAUCGCCGUCUUAGUAGCCCACACUACCAAGGAAAGGAAAGAAGACUUUGACUUCGUCGGACUCUUCUAUGUGCUAUACGUGCAUAACAACGCCCUCGUGCUUUUCCUACUCUUUGGUGCCAUGUGUUACAACUGCAUGGGGCUCCACUCGCAGCCUGUAAUGUUACUAGCGAACGUCGGUGUGCUAUACGCAUGUGCUUUGUACAAUACCGUUUGCUAUCCUGACAGCCGCCCACCCGAACCAGUGUCGUUCUACAUGAUUCCAAUCGUUGGUCUUGCCUACGCUCCAAUCGCACACAUUGCCGCCCUCUUGAUGAUCUGGAUCCUUCUAGACGUGAUGAUGUCUAUCUGGGGAGUAGUACUGGUAGUGUGUACCAUUCUGGAUGUCCUACACCUGACAGGGUACGCAGCCAAUAGGGCUCUCUUCCCACUGCUGUGCAUUGACGAUGUCUUAGAUGACCUUGGUAACAGGAGGUAUUUUCUGAUACUGCACGGUUUAGGACGACUCGUUUUGCCUGUAGGUAUGUUCUUCUUGCAUGUCAUGUGUUUGUAUGUCAAAAUCGAGUUCUGAUGUCGAUUCUUCAUUAAAACUACAUGAAUGAACAAUGCGAUGCUCUGAUAUUGUGAUCUUGGGGGACAAGGAAUUUCUGCAACUUUUGAUCCACUACUCACAGUCACUUGUAAUGUCUGCAUAAAGUGACUGCAUAGAUGCCAGCUUAUUUCCUGACAUAAGACUUUAUCUAUUCAGCCGGUAUAACCGCCCUUCGGCAUAACACACCAGCUUCGCAGACACACGGUUGCGGCAGCAGCUGGUUAUAUUACGCUGAAGGAUCCAUCACACCUAUUUUUUGAACAUCUAUCUGCAAGCAUUCUUUAAAGAUAUGCUUGCAGAUAGAAGACUGGUAUUGUUAUGUGAAAAUUGGUCCCACAGUGACUAUUAUUUUGUUGACAAUAAAUUUUGCAUUUUCCAGGAUUUGACAAAAAAUAUUUGACAUAACUCAUGAAAGUCAUAAAUUCGAGAUGAAAGGGAAAUUGUGAUUUGUCUGUUGGGCCAUGCUACUUUGUGCAAGUAAGAAUUUACUGCUAACAUUAACGUUUAUCAUGACAAAAUUACUCAGUGGAAGAAACAUGUCCAGUGUAUUUAUUCCUCUCAGGAACUCUUGCAACAUAGGACAACACGCAUACAGAAUAUCAGUGUAAACAAGAAACAACAUAUGUGGUAAAACAGACUAAGUACCUGUGUAAAUCAAGUCUUUGAACUGGGUAACGUUCUAGUACUUCUACCUGAACUCAACACUAUGCUACAUGCACAUGGACGAAAAAAAGGUUCAAAUAGCUCCCAAGCCCCAUCUUACAGUGAGUGUGUUUCACAAUAUUGUGUAUGUUGUGGGGUGUAUUCUGAAAAUCCAUUCGACGUCAAUGUAGUACAAUCAAAGAUGCACAUGAAGUUGUCAGCUUGAAAUGUACAUGUUAUGGCAGUUCAUGUAAUAAGAAAAAGAUUUUCCAGAGAGAAAAAAAAGUUACUAUUGCUUUCUUAUAUCAUUGCACAGUGGAAACAUACUUCUAGUGCAUAUGAGGACUCCAGUACUGUUUUGCCAUGUAAAAGAUUCUUUGACAGGAUAUCAACUACAUGAUCCCCAUGUACAUUUCUAUUCUCUCAAUGCAUGCUGGGAGACACUGGGCAACAUGGGCAGCUGAGAGGCUACACAAUAUUAACUACCAUGACAACAUAGACCAGACAGGACACUGUGCAUGCAUGGUGACCAGGUCACUAUGUUCUUUGCCCAUCUGAGCUACCAAUAGUGCACAGUGAUCUGUGAAAAGGUCAUACACUGUAGCUUGUGUAAUCUGCCAUCUUGCCUUUCUGGAACUUGGAUUCAGAGCAAUCAUCGUUCUCGCACAGCUUUGUCUUCAACUUCCAACUGUAUUGCUGUAAACAAAUAACUUUAAAUAAUUGAUGUGAACAGAAAA